GCUGACGUGGAUCCAUGCGUGUGCUGAGCUGGCUGGUACGGUAGGCUUGGAUUCUACAAAAGGAUAAAUACCUGAAUUUCCACUGCGAUUUCUACGUCGGUUGUACAUGCUCUCUUCGUUAACAACUAUAACUGCCAAAGCAACGCCGAUUGCUACGAGAACAGAUGGCCAACCCGCCAUUUUAAAUGUUUUUCAUCUGGUAGUCGCGAUAAAUAAAUCUGACAUGGAGUGGGAUGGGCGCAGACAUUUUCCCGGAGCUUCAUAGCUAGCUGACAAGGCAUAAUUUCGAGGGGCGCGCUCGCUGAGGUCACCUGACAUUUGACAAGCUGCAUGUUGCGCUGUUGCGCAACACUCAAAAUUAACAAUCCCUCGAUCGACACACAUGCACAGCUAGCUAGCAAUACUAGCAUAACAUUGUUAGAACUUAGAUGUUGAUGGAUCAACAUGGUGAGUUUUGAAGAUCAACUACUAAAGCUCGCUUCCUGGUUUGAUGAAUGCUCACAAAAACAACAGAAUCAAAUUCUGAAGCUGUUAUUUUCAAAGUGCAAGCCUUUACAGAUUCGUAAGGUGUGUGCUGACCUAGAAACACUGCUUGCUGUUGACGUCACUGCUUGUCUUCCACCAGAAUUAAUUGAUCGUAUAUUCAGCUACCUCUCAGUCACGGACCUCUGUGAGGUUGCCAAGUGCAAUGCUAGAUGGAGAGAAUGUGCAAACAGUGAUGUACUCUGGUUCUAUCACUGUCAGAGAAGAGGAUGGCUUCAUUAUGGUACCAUCCAUGAUUUGUGUCAAGAACGUCCUUUUAGCCCUAACCAGAAGAGUAUUGCCAACACUUCCCCAACAUUCACAUUUGAUUCAAUUAUCAACGGAGCUGGCAUCACAGGUGGAGGUAGUGGUUCAGAUAAAAAGAGUAGCCUUCAGUCAACAUGUAGAUGGAAGGAGAUCUAUAUGAGGGCUUAUCAUUUAAGUCUGAACUGGGCCUUAGGGAGAUACAAGGUAUUACCAGCCUUGAGAAGACAUAGAGAGACAGUGACUUGUAUGGAUGCAGAAGGUAUCUUGCUAGUAAGCGGUAGUAGAGAUAGGACUGUAAGAGUAUGGAAUAUAUUUACAUCAGAAUGCAUCAAUGUCAUAGAUGCUCACACUGGUGCCGUUACUUGCCUCAAAAUGAAGAAUGGUUUGAUUGUGACAGGCUGUUCUGAUAGAUUGCUUCGAGUGUUUGAGAUAGGAUCAGGGAAGUGUUUGAAGUCACUUGAAGGUCAUACAGGGUCAGUAGAUCAUGUAUGCUUCCAACAUGACUUCAUCAUCAGUGCAUCAAGUGAUAGAUCAGUGAGAGUAUGGUCCUGGCCUGACGGUUGCUGUAGACAUGUACUCAGAGGACACAGUGAUGAUAUACAGCAUUUAGAUGUGAACAGAGAGAAAGCUGUAACUACAUCUUGGGACACAACAGUAAGAGUAUGGGACAUACAUAGUGGAAUAUGUCUACAUGUUCUUCAUGGUCACACAGAAGGUGUGAUGUGUUGUAAGUUUGAUGAUAAGAUCAUUGUAAGUGGCGGAGGAGAAGGUCAUAUUAAGAUAUGGGACACGCACGUAGGAGUCUGCACAAAGACACUUGAAGGUCAUUCAGAUGAGGUGUAUUGCCUUGACUAUAACAGCAAUGUGAUAGCAUCAGGUUCUGCAGAUAGUACAGUCAGGUUAUGGAAUUAUGAAGGUAUUUGUUUGAGUGUAAUGAAGGAACACAUAGGUGUUGUUCGUUGCUUGAGAUUGUCUGAAAAUAGAUUGGUAACAGGAGGAGAUAGAAAGAAGAUCGUUGUAUGGGACGCCCAGGAUGGAAGACUCCUUAAUGUGGUCCAUAGAAACCCUAGCUUGCUUCAUCUGAUGUGGACAAGCGAUACUAAGAUAAUAAUAGCAUCACCAGAAGCUCCUGGAUCAGUGACUAUCUUUAGCUACUGGUAGAACAGCCAUCAGAAGAUUGAUGUGUUAUGAUUUGUUCCUCUCUUUGAUUUUGGAGGAAACAGUUGAUGGACUCGUGACCACCCUUCGCUAAAGAAAGACCAUCCUUCAUAGUCUGUUGAUAGAUCAAUCAACAUUCUUCCUUUAUUUUAUGAUGGUGAAGGAAACAGUUCUUGGAACUGUCCAUAACUACUGGUAGACUAUUUUUUAUAGGAUGAUGGAGUAAUCAGCAUUAAUAUUUGUCCUUUAUUGGAAUACGUUUAUGGAAACUCCUCCCGAUUUUGUGACCAUCCUAAAACGCUCAGAGACCAUUUAUAUUACAACAUACCACAUUCUUCCUCUAUUUGAUGGCGGAAAUAGCUCAUGGCUCUGGAACCCUCCUUAGUUACUUGAAGACCAUUUUUCAUCGGAUAAUGGAGGAAUUAUUUGAUGAUGAUCAGGUGCUGAGGAACGGGAGGGGGGGGUCUGACCAUGCAAAAAAUCCCAAUCAUAUGGUAAUUUUUACAUUUUUGUACACUGUUUUGGAAAGUGGCCCCCUCCCCCCGUUAAGCGGCCCGGAUGAUGAUAACAGCUCUUUGAUAAGUAACCAACCUGAAUUAUUGAUUGACGACCAUACAUUAUUCCUGGCACGUCCUUGUAUCACAAUAUACAGGAGUGCAUACCCCUUUCAGAAAAUUAUCAUUCCUGCCAGAUGCUAGAGUCCUUAUGCAGACAACUUUUUGUUUGUACUAUGCUGCCGUUGUUCCUUGUAAAGUUUCUUUGUUAUGUUUGCUGUGUUUAACACUAUGUACAUGACAGACAAUAUAUUUAUGCAUGUUCCAUGAAGAUGUUAGAUUCACACUCCAUAUUUAAAAAAAAACUAUAAGUUUAUUUGGAUUAAGAAAGAAAAAUCAGAUGGGGUAAAUGCAAAAUUUUUUAACAAAACUGGAUGUAAAAUAAGAAAGUUACAUUUUAACAUUUCACUUAAUUUCACAAAUAGUUGUAUGCACAUCAUGGCCAGUAUUCAAUAGAGGGAACUGAUGGUGAUACCCACUCACUCUUUCUUUGUAUUUUAUCACGAAUAUAAAUGUUAUGUAAUAUUAUAAUUUUCUUGUUAUAAUGUGAAACUGAAUUUGAUUUCUCCCUGAUAUCGUGAAAUUGCCAAUGUAACCUAACUGAAUCGAUUGAGUGUCUUUAUUUUCAUAUCUGCAAAAAAAGAAACAUUAAAAUGCCAAAGUAAAUGUGAGUGAAUGACAUCAUCGACUCUCUCACUGUCUAGUGUAUAAAACUGAAAAUAUAAGUGAGAAAAAUAAACGAAAUUUUUUAAUGUCAUGACCUUAUUUUACAUCUAAUAUUGUUGAAAUUUUCAGUACUAUGCUUACUUGAUUUUUUUCGUUAUCAGAAAUCAACUUUUUGUUGGGGUGGACUUGAUGGAAUUUGUGCUCUUCGAAUAAAAUGUAAUUUUUCAGUUUUUAGCAUUUGGGAUUUAAUUUUCAAGAAGGCAUUAACGGCAUUUUCUAAACAGGAGAUACAAAAUGUCAAAGAAAAUUAAUUCAUAAAAGAAUAAAUAUUGGAGCAUGUCAUGUGACUUUUUUUUACAUACACUGAAUUGUGUCUCAUAUAUACUAUGGAAAGUUUUGCUGUGUAUUCAAAUGUCUUGAAUGUCUAGUUUCAUGAUACAUGUACAUGCUGAAACCGAUGUGAGUUGUUAUUUUAUUGUAUAUUUUGCUGAAUUCUUGUCUUUUUUAACUGAUUCCAUCCAUUUUGUAAAGUUCAGUAACUACAAGUCUUCAAACUUCAUUUGCUGCCUUUUAAUAAAAGAUCUUUAUUCUACUUCAUCCAUAUUGUGCAGACUCUUUCCAAGUAAGUAAACUAGGACAAAGAGUAUUUUAAAGCUGCUCUGUUUAAGCCGUGGUAAUAUUUUGGAAUGAAGAAAGUAUAUGUUGAGUGCAAUAAAAGUAAUUAUUGGGAGGAAAGGGUAAUAGGGAAUCAAUCCAUAUUUCUAUAAUACAGGUAAUAGGGAAUGUAGGGAAUGCAUAUUUCUAUAAUACAGAAUAUAAUUGACAUAUGACAAAUAAAAGCCUUCGUAACAUUAAGAAGUUAAUUCAUUGUAGAACACUGUUUAUUCA